GUCGCUUGGCAACCAUGCUGCUGCAAAUGAAGACUUUGCUUGGCUAGCCGAAACGCGUUCAAGGAUUUACAAACAUUUUGUUAUCAACAUUUCCCGCUCAUCAACAGUCCAGCCAUGCCUCCUCCAGAGACCAUGUACUGUUCCCAGCAAAUCAAAAUCCCGACGGGAUUGCCUGAAGUCCUUAAAAACUUCACAAAAGCAGCCAUCCGAACUCAGCCCAAAGACCUUCUUGUGUGGUCUGCAGCCUACUUUGAAGCAUUGGCGAAAGGAGAGACGCUGCCAGUCAAGGAGAGGCUAGAGCUUAAUUUUGACAACCAAACCAAAGAUGCUAUGCUGACUCCAGGUCUGCUAAAGACGCUUCACAAGCAGCUGUCCACUGCAGAAACAUGCGACAGAGCGACGUUGCAGGACAAAUGGCAAGCUUUAUGUCUGCCCAUGGAGCAGCUGGAGAACAUGUUGAUACUGGGCAACUUUGGCAUGGACGUCAGCUGCAUGGAGUUUUUUGCGCUGGGCUGCACUGCUCUGGGAGAUUCUCUCAAGACCGCCCUCAAGGUGGCCUGUGAGAUCCUGACUGAGGAUGAGGAGGGGGGAGCUGCAAGGAUCCCCUUUGAGAUAUUUUCAUUGCUAUGCACCUACCUAGCUAACCUGGACCCGGAAAUGCCGCAGAGCCACAUCAACGGCUUCCUCGCUAGUCUGGAGCCACAAGCAAAAGCGCAGCACGGCAUGAUCAAACCUCUUGACUUCAUCCAUCGGGAGGAUAUGCAGCCGCCCAGUGACUCAUCGGACAAAACAGUGUCAUGACUUCUGAGUGUGUAAUCUUGAAAUGCCUGCCAGCAUAUGCUCAGUAUUUAUUAUUUUAAAAAAAAAGUCAUUGUGGAACUGUAUUAAGUAUCUGCAAUCUUCUAGAGAGGGAACCACUACCGUGAUUAGUAAUCAGUCAAGCACAACCCCUCCCACCCUUUUGUAACCCUCUAAUCUUAUUGAAGUACUGAUGAUGUCAUCAUCCAGGCAUAUUUGGAAGAUGCUUAAUUCAUUACUGAGACAACACUAACCAUGCAUUUUGUUCAAUAGUUAAUCACUCUUUUCCAACAAUUCAAACAACUCUCUAUUGAGUUGUUGACAUGGCUGUUAUCGUUUGCCCGUGUCUACACAGAGAUUUGUGUGUUUGCACGAAUGCCAGAAUGUCUCUAUUAUUCUUCCAUCUUUAGGAAGAUGCUAAGAAUAAAAGAAGCUAUUUGUAUUGACUGUGUUUGAGAAUGGCUUUGUCACACAUGACCAAACAUCACUAUAAAAAAGAAUAAUUGAGGGUCAUUGCGAGCUGAUUAAAAAAACAGUUGACAUUUUAUUAAUUAGUGUUCCACUGGGAGAACGUCGUUAGAGAAUUUCAAUAAAUCAUAGAACCAUUCAGGUAAGCUUCGCAAAAAAAGGCCACUGUUGUAAAUGCCCAAAAUCCAUUCCAGCUGUUUCAAUUUUCAAACUAAAUUUCCCAUAAAAAAUAACGUAGAGGUUUAAUUGGUUCCACACUUAAACUGUCAUUCUCUAUUUUAAGUUCAAGUGAUUACAUUGUAAACAGAGUUUGAACACUUUUCACCAUCGUAGAAGAGUGAAGUAAGACUUGUUUAUUCUUUCACCGAUGCCGAUCGCUGACAUUGCUACUCGCCCAUCCCUGUUUUAAACAUACAAAUUGUCAACAUAUGACCUGCGCUACUAAAUCUCAAAAGCACAUGACUGAGAUUCUGGUCCCAAAAGACUUUGUUGUUCGCCCCCAUAAUUAAACGACAACUUCCCAUUUCUGGUUUGUCCGUAAAUGGUUCGGAAAGUACACUUGUGUUUGUCCACAAGAAAGAGCCACGCUAGACAGCCGUUGAAUUUUACAGCCCUCUGUGGCCGUCUGAAUCAUCUACCAAAUGACUUUGGUUUGCUUUGAUUCGACAUGAGAAAAAAGAAAAAAAAGUUGAAUUUAAAAUUGAUGCUGUGGCUAUAGUUGUGUUAAUUACUACUUGUCUAGGUCCUACAUUGCAGUGUGUGUAUAAAAACAUGUUUUUUCCAUUUACUUCUUUUGACUUUCAAUAAAUAAAUCAGGCAAUGUUUUACGUCACAUUCACGUAAAGUGGCAAUAUUUUGAGCUUCUUUGUGGGCUUUUGCUUUUAAAAGAAAUCCUGCAUGUAAAUAUGAGCAAUGGUGACUGUCACCCACACAACACCAUGCCUAAUGGUACCAUAGCGAUGAUGGGCCAGCCACAUGAGAUCAAUCCCAGCUCUCAACGGGGGGGCAUAGAACAAGGUAGAAUAUUAAUAGGCUCACACUGGGACUGUUAUGCAUUUGCUUUUUUUUUUUUUUUCCAAUACAGGCGACGGUCACAAGCAAGUGACAUUCAGGAACCUGGCAAAAUCACAUUUGAAGGAAAUGCUUAAUUAUAAGAAGCAAAUAUUGUCAUAUUGAUGUUGUUAGGAGAAGAAUGAAAUACCAACCUGGCUGCACCUGAUCAACUAAAAACGCAGUUUAUCACUUUUUAUUGCAGCACUGCAAAUCUUUUUUUUCCUCUUUUUCUCUGUCGUACACUAAGGAUAACCGUCGUGCAUGGAUUUUAAUAGGAGGG